AAACUUUGAUUAUCCAACAAACUCAAACAACAAAAAAAAAAUAAUAAUAAAUUGCAGAGUGUAGUAGUUUUCGCCUCACAAGUCACAACUCUUUUGAUCAUUCAGAAGCAGAGAAAAGCAAAUGGGAGAAGAAGGGGUUAAAUUGGAUACAUGGGGUUAUCAAGUGAGAACCUCCUCUGAUAAUUGUAUAUCUGCCAUUAAUGACUUCUAUUACCAGGUGUUGAACUUUGGGCGAAAAAGGGCAAUCGUAUUAGAGGCUGCUAUUCAUGAUGAAACUUGUGUUUUAGCCAAUAUUUUGGCUGCCCAUCACUGCUUUCCUGCUCGACUUUCUGAAGCUCUUUCCUUUCUUCAAUCCGCAAAGUCUCACUAUGAUGAAGCAACAGAUUAUGAGAAAGCUGUGUUUGAUGCUGUUUCUUGUUUGAUCUCUGAGGAUGGGGAUGAGGAUGUUGCUUUGGAGAUGCAUUUUAAGUUGUUGAAAGACUUUCCUAGAGACCUGGUCUCUUUGAAGAGGGCUCAAAUUCUUUGCUUCUAUAUGGGGCAGCCAAGGCCAUCUCUUGAUCUUGUUAAACAGGUACUGCCCGAGAAUGAAAAUGAAGCCUUUAUUCAUGGCAUGCUUUCCUUUCCUCUUUUGGAGCUCGGAUGCAUGAAGGAUGCAGAAAGAGCAGCAAGAAAGGGACUUGAGAUCAACAAGGAAGAUGUUUGGGCGCAACAUUGUCUGUGCCAUAUUCUUCAAUAUGAAUGUCGUUUUGCUGAAGCUGUACAAUUCAUGGUGGAAUGCUCGCCUUCAUGGAGUUCUUGUUCUUCAUUCAUGUAUGCACAUAAUUGGUGGCAUGUUGCUAUUUGUUACUUGGAAGGUCAUUCUCCGGUUGCGAAGGUCCUGUAUGUGUAUGACCAUUGUAUUAUGAGGGAACUAGAUAAACCUGAUGCUGCACGCUCAGAGGUCAUUCUAAAUGCAUUAGGAUUGCUAUUGAGGUUACAUAUAAGGGGUGAAAUAAGUCUCUUUAAGGACAGUUUGAAGAAUUUAGCUGAACUUUUGACUGACAAAGCUCUUUGGUACUUGGAGUGGCAGCUUGAUUUGCUUAUACUUUGGGCCUUAACAAGCAAUGACAAUGUUCCUGCAGCACAAAACUUACUUGAAGGCUUAAAUUUCAAAGUGUCAAAAAUGAAGGAUAAGAAGCAGAAGCUGAUGAAAAAAGGACUUUCUCUUGCAGAAGCGUUAUAUGAGUAUGGUAGGGGUAAUGAUGAGGCUGCGCUACAGAAGUUGGGUUCAGAUUUUGACGCUUGCGACUAUAAGGUGAUUGGGGCAUCUGAUGAACAAAUUGACGUGUUUAAUGAAGUUUGGUAUAGCCUACUACUGAAUACGGGAAAAGCUGCCAAAGUUAAUUUAGUGAUCGAGGUCAUUGAGAGACGAGUUGAAACAAGGGAUGGUGUACCCUUUUUAUGGCGUUUACUGGAGUUUGAAAACUUUGGAGACAACGUAGACUGCUCCAGUCACUUUGUUACGGAUAGGGAAUUUAUCUCCAUAGAUGAGUUACAUAGUUGGGCCGAUGCGAUAGCAAUAACAAUUGGUUUUCAAUUUACACGUGCUUCUUAUAAAAAGAAAGAAGGACGUUCCAGAGUUAGUUGUUAUUUAAGAUGUCACCGCUAUGGUAAACUUAGGGGUGAUGUAGAUAAUGUAGAUAAUGUUGCCCGACCUGGUUCUAAAAGUAGGAGUUGUGGGUGUAAAUUUAUGAUUGUAGGAAGUAGUCGUAAACCAGGAGAAAGACCUUGGACGGUAAGGGUGUGUCCUGGUGAAAAGGGAAAACAUAACCACCCGUUCUUGGUGUACAGAGAUGGUCAUGUAAGGGCGAGGAUUAAUGUAGAUAUUCGGGAGCACAUACGACAGCUUAGUGUAACCGGAAUGCAACCGGCCUUUAUUAUGAAUUCUAUUAGAGAUAAUUUUCCUGGUUUUUAUGCUAGUAUGAAUCAGAUAUAUAAUAUUAGGCAAUCAAUAAGGAGAGAUGAAAUUGAGGGCAGAACUCCCCUUCAACACUGUCUUCAUAUGGCCACAGAACAUAAUUAUGUGGUCUGGACAGAGUUGGAUAAUGACGGGCACUUGAGCAGACUUUUAAUUGCAAAUCCUACUUCAAUCCAAAUGAUACGUACGUGGCCGUAUGUUGUGCUGAUAGAUACAACGUACAAAACGAACAAACCAAAGUGGUCACUAUGUGAAGUGAUCGGAAUGACGCCAACAAAUCACAACUUCUUGGUUGCGUUUUGUUUGAUGCGAGAUGAGGCGGCUGUGUCGUACUCGUGGGUGCUGCAGGGAUUGAGAGAUAUUUUCGGCACUGCUCAGACUCUUAGCGUCAUUGUAACCGAUCGUGACGAAGGUUUAUCUGCAGCUAUUCGUGACGUCUUCCCAGAUGUACGUCAUUUGUUAUGCACCUGGCAUAUUGGCAACGAUGUUGAGAACAUGGUGGACAAGUUGUGCGGCGGCAAGAAAAAUCAACAAGGGCAGUUAUUCAGGAAAAGUAGAUGGAACCCCUUGGUUGAAAGUGCUACAAUCCGGGAAUAUGAAAAGAGAUGGGAAGGGAUCGUCAGUACGUGGUCGGUUAGGAACCGAAGGGUCGUUCGGUAUUUGACUGGAACAUGGAUUCCACUUAGAGAGAAAUUUGUGCGUGCGUGGACGAAUGAUUGUUUACACUUGGGUAACCAUACUACCAGCAGAGUGGAAAGCCAACACUCGUCUUUUAAGUAUUACCUUGGUAGCGGUAAUAGCUCAUUCGAUACCCUUUUCAAAAGGGCGCACGCACAGAUUACAAAUCAACAAGCUAAAAUCCGACAAUCGCUACAGGAAUACAUGACUUCUGUACCAAGAACGCUAUGACAGUAUUUCUU